AUGUUUUUGUCUCUCACCAGGUCAGACAGUGAUGUGACCCCUGCUGUCAUGAAUGCUCUCUCGCAGUCAUACUCUGUUCCUUUGGCAGAAGGAAUAUGCCAGACCAUAUCAGACAUGAAUGCAGAUCAUGUGAUGGUCACUCAGGAAACUUUAACAGAGCAGUUAGUGAAAAACUAUCCAGGCAUUGCAGUGCCCUCCCACAACAUAUUAUAUAAUAUCCUUGGCACUCUAAUUAAGGAAAGAAAAAUCUAUCAUACAGGAGAAGGAUAUUUCAUUGUGACUCCCAGCACAUACUUUAUCACAAAUGGUGCCAUGGAAGGCAGCAGAAGGAUUGUGUUGGAGGACAGUUGCUGCUGUUCAUCACCUUCCAUCACCUACCUGGUAAACAUCACGCCUUGUGCAGACCUAGUGAAAGAAAACAUUCCUACAAUAUCCCAUUACAGGUCCUGCCAUUGUUUCCCUGACCAAAAUAUGCUCUGUGGGCAAAGACAUGGGCAGGUAAUGAGCCAUGAAUCUAAUGUAGAGGGAAGGAGAGGCUGCAGUGAAUUGAAGCCCUCAAUCCGAGCUCAAGGCAUCUCCACAUCUGCUGAGAACCGCUCCUGGGACACCAUCAAAUCCCUGACAUCUGUGAAAGCAAAACUGAAAAGCAAAAUGUUUGGCCUUGGCCUUUUCUGGAGAAGUGGUUCUAAAAAAGAAAAACACAAAAAGGAGUACUGCACUUUUUCAGCCCAGUUUCCUCCCCAGGAGUGGCCAGUCAGAGAUGAAGAUGACUUAGACAAUAUUCCACGUGAUAUCGAACAUGAAAUCAUCAAGCGUAUUAACCCUACUCUUACAGUUGAUAAUUUGAUUAAACACACGAUAUUAAUGCAGAAGUUUGAGGAGCAGAAAAAAUGUACCAAUAAAGAGAAAAAACACAUCAGUAAUGGUACCUCGGCUGAAGUGCCAACAGUCAGGCAAAACCAUCUUUCAAAAGAUUGUGUGCAAAAGGCACCAAGUAAAACAGCAAAACGCACCAGGAAAACCAAAUCAAAGAAAGAAAAGCAGAUUAACAGGAGCAGCAGGAAAUCCCAAAAUGUCAAACCAGAAGAGAACUUUCCACUGCCCAGCAAAAACCAAGAGGCAGCUGAUGCAGCAGUGGAAUGCCAUGGGAUCUAUAAGAAGCAGAUUAAGAAUCCUUUCCAGGGUCUGCCAUGGAGACCUCGCAGCUUUCAUGCAAGAGGGUACCAAGGUGCUGUUAACAGCCAGCUGAAGGGCCGGGCUCCAAAGCAGGGAAGGGCUUCCCAAAGGCCACAGUCCUUGGCCUCCUCAGGACCCUUUGGCUGUGGAACUGAACAGCUGGAUGUGGAAAGUGAGGCUGACAAAGCUAAGCAAAACAACCUACUCCAUGCUAAUAGGUCUGGCCUUCAGUUAAAGAAAGGCGGUUUAAGGGAAAAUGGGAGUUAUGCACAAGGCAGUAAUCUGCAAAGAGAUAACAGAAGUAAAUACUUUCUGGAGAGUAAUAUUUCUGAAGAAAAUGUCUAUAAAAGAACAGUAAAAAAACAGUCCCUUUGCUCCUACACUGAAGAUAAAGGUGAGUGCAAAGAAGAUGCAAAAUUUCCAUUCUCCCUGAAAGAUGAGCGUUGCAGAUGCAAAGGUGAUGCUGUGUGUGAGCUGAUAGAUGGAACAGCCAGGGAAUUUCAAAAUAUCCAUCUUUCAAAUGACACAGCCAGUGUUAAUCUGGCCCAAAAGAAUGGUGUGAAAUACAGACCAAAGACUGAUAAAAAGAGUGAACUUAUAUUUAACUAUGACUGUGCCAGCCAAACUGGAUCAAUGGAACUGGAAAGUGAAGGAUUCACUGAUCUUCUGUAUCGAAAGGGACGUGAUGGUGACACCUGUAACUUGUCACAUCUGGAUGAGAAUUCUGAACACCUGUCCCCUGGCCUUUCCUUUUCAGACACACGAGACUGCAGCAGAGCUGUGUCCCUAAAAGCCUGUGAGGUCAGUACUUGCCCUGCCCAGCACGACGCGACUUUAAAUAAACACGACUCCGGAGAGCACGGAUAUAAGGGAAGUGCCAGCCUCGGUGGCUCAAAGGAGCAUCCAAAAGCAGACUGCACAGAAGAAAGCUGGUUGUGCAGCCAGGUUCUUCUGCAAGGUCACAGGAAGGAUGAGGAAAGCGGCCUCACUGAAUGUGGGAAGGGCUCAGCUGUGGCAGAUCCCCGCCGCGCCGCCGAGGCUGACUCCGAUGCCGGCGCUUGGCAGAAUUCCGCCCGCGAGGUGGGAGAAGGAACAGCACGCUGCGCUUUGGGCUCAGGGAUCAAAGGAGUCAGAAACACUCUAGGAAAAAAAGAGUGGCUCUUAAAGAAUACCUGUCCUGUGACCCCAGAACAGAAACACUCAGAAGGGACAGAAAACCACAGCAUUACAGGAGACAGUGGAAUUGACUCCCCAAGGUGGACUGAAAAGAAGAUGAAGCUUCCUGCCAAAUUCUAA